AUGGCUGAGCGCUUGCGUUCUCGAAAGUCCAGGUCAGACCUUUCAGCCACCCCUGUCCCACCCGACGUUUGCCGCCAAGUGGCCGAGGAGUUUGUAACUCUGACCCCCGUUCUCGACAUGGACAACGGCUAUGGCUGGAAUGAAACCAUCCUGACUUCGCUCCUCGACGAAGUCCUCCCUCAUCUCCGCAUCGACCUGCAGCGGGUCCACCUCACUGGUUUCUCCAUGGGUGGUGGCGGGACUUGGGAACUAGCCUUGCACACGCCAAAUCGCUUUGCCACUUUGACCCCUAUCUGUGGCUACGGAGACACGUUGAGAGCGAGUCAGAUUGCUCGCAUUCCGCAGUGGGUGCAUCACGGCGAACGGGACGACAUUAUCGACAUAUCCCGCAGCGAACGCAUGGUUACAGCGCUGGAGAAGGCCGGUGCCGAUGUGAAAUUUAGCAGGUAUCCAGACUUGGCCCAUGACUCCUGGACCGAGACAUACAACAACAUGGACUUGUGGACGUGGAUGCUGGCGACUAAAAGCGAAGCACAGGUGGAGUCGGAGAUUUUGCCAGAGGGAGACAAGGCUACUGUCGCAUAG